AUGAAACGAUCGAAACAAGCGACACUGAGUCGAUUUUUCAAGAAGCCCAAAACAGGGGCCGACGCUGUGCACACCGAAGCGGUGAUCGGCAAAAAACCUACAGACUCUGGUUCUCCAGCUGAGCAAAAGGACGCCAAAUCACCUCAGCAAGUCACAGAUGAGCCGCCCCUGGAGCCGGUGACAGUAACGACAGACGUCGUUGCCAUGGACACGCAGCCUGAUUUAUCAAUUGGAUCUGAAAUCAACUCCAAGUCUCGUCCAAAAUCCUUGGCGAGUUUCAAGAGCGGCAAGUCAAUUAACACUGAUCACAACCCUGAGCUCAAGCAGAAGUUCAGAGCGAAGCUCGAGCUAGUUAGAAACAAGAAUGAUGAAGACUUGCCAGUGAUUACGAAAAAGACGAAGCUGAACGCUACAGAGUUCCAGUGGUACGAAAUCAAGAAGCAGCAUCGAGACACAUUGUUGUUUGUGCAGGUGGGCUACAAAUACCAUAUCUACGGCGAUGACGCAGAAAUUGCUCACGCCCAAACACGCCUAUUCCUCAGUCCAGGUAUCACAAACCUGAAGGAUAUCGGAAACGAUGGAGUAGUCCAACAAGGCAGCAAGUACAUCAAGCUAGCCUACUCCUCGUUUCCAGUGCACAGAAUCGACUUUUACACGAAACAACUGGUUGAGAAGGGAUUCAAGGUGGGCCAUGUGCAGCAGAUGGAGGUGGCAGCAUUGAAGAAUGUUGAGAACAAAAAGGGACCUAUGAUCAGAGAACUCACCAACACGUUCACUAAGGGAACAUAUAUCGAGAGUGGAAAUGGGGGCAGUGUGAAUGAUGUGCAGUACUCCUCGUACUUAGUGGCAUUGCACGAGAGCAAGGGGGACAAGCCUACUGUCACAUUGCUCGCUACGGAGGUGUCUACUGGUGACGUCAUCUGGGACUCGUUCAAUGAUGACUACGUAAAGUCCGAACUCGAGAUAAGGCUUUUGACGUUAGCACCAUGCGAAAUUUUGAACUGCGGCGUUAGCUCGAGUACGCUCAAAAUGUGCCAGAAGUAUAUGCAUCGGAACAAGGGUCGACUGGCUGAGAUGAAUGUUCUUGAGGAGGAAGUGGAAGAUCCAGAUGCCCAGGUCGCACUGUUCUUUGAGGGAAAAGCAAAUGCAGGUACUUGUUCUACUGUUCUGGAACUACCUGCCAUGGUGAAAACACUGAUCCUCGCUACUUCGCGCUACCUUACCCAUUGUAAGCUCGACUCACUCUUUUUGUUGACAAACAACUUCACUAGAUACACAGGCAGCUACAUGCGCCUCUCGGCCAAUACAGUGGCAUCCUUGGAGCUGUUUGCUAAUACCACAGAUCACACAGCUAAGGGUUCAUUAUUCUGGGUUCUGAACAGAUGUCUUACUGUUUUCGGCAGCCGUGAGCUCAAGAAGUGGGUAUCGCGGCCUCUUACCGACAGAACUGCGAUUCUUCAACGACUUAGUGCGGUGGAAGCUAUCAUCAAAAGCAUAUAUGGAGCUGAAUCAGACGAGCUGACCACGUUGAUCAACAAGUUGGUGAAGCUCCUCAAACCUAUUCCUGACCUUAGCAAGAUGCUCAUGAGACUCCACUACGGUCAGCUCAACAGAAAGGAGGUGUAUUUACUGCUUCGGGAACUGUUGUUUGUUGCCCAAGAGUUCAAGCCUGGCAGUGGCGACAAGUACAUCGACACCAACCCUGUGUUAGGUGAAAUUUUUAAUUCUCUGGGUAUUCACGUGAGUGAUAUUGAGAAACUUCUGGAGGAGAUUAACCCUGAUGCAGCGCGACAAGACGAGGCUCUCACGUUCUUUGUGACCGACCCCCCGAGCUUGGUAGAUCGCAAGAAAGACCUUAAGAAAGUGGAAGCCGAGCUUCAAAUUGAGUUGCUAGCACUCCGAGCGGAACUCAACCGCCCCAAGCUGCAAUACUCUUCCGUGGCUGGUAUUGAUUACUUGAUUGAAGUUGCAAACAAGGACACCAAGAAGCUACCUCUUGAAUGGACGAAGAUUAGUGGCACAAAGUCUGUGUCACGAUUCAGGACACCCACGCUCAACAGUCUAGUUAAGAGGCACGAAUACUGCGUGGAGAAACUCAAGGCUGCCUGCGAUAUCGAGUUCAACAUGUUCCGGUCGCGGUGUGCCACCCACUAUGAGUUCUUCAGAUCUAUGGUUGUAGCCAUGUCUCAAUUCGACUGCCUAUUUGCAUUGGCUAAGGUCAGUGGACAGUCGGGGUGGGUCAAGGCAGACUACGUCGACGAAGGUGGUAUUGACUUGAAGGAUUCCCGCCACGUAAUCACCGAGAAGCUGAUGACCAAUUACAUCUCCAAUGACAUCAAAAUUAGAUGCCCUACCGUCGUUACAGGCCCUAACAUGGGAGGUAAGUCAAGUUUGGUCCGACAGAUCGCUCUAUCAGUUCUCCUGGCACAUAUCGGGUGCUACGUGCCUGCCUCGAAGGCCCAGAUUCCUAUCACAGACUCUAUCCUGUGUCGUAUGGGGGCUCAGGAUAACAUUAUGAGUGGCCAAUCUACCUUCAUGGUGGAGUUGUGUGAAUGUGCAGAGAUUCUCAGGAAUGCUACCAGCAAAUCUCUAGUAUUACUGGAUGAGAUUGGCCGAGGAACCACCACUACAGAUGGUAUCGCGAUUGCUCAUUCUGUACUGAAACAUUUCAUCGAGCUUGAAGCAUUGACAUUAUUUAUUACUCAUUAUCCCCUAGGUCAGUUGCUUGAUAGUGAAGAUAGCAAUAAGUGCGACCUCGUGCACAUGGAUAUUACCAACACCAACCCUCCCAUUUUCACAUACAAGAUGAAGCCUGGCAGUGCCACAGACAGCUAUGGUCUAAACGUGGCUGGACUAGCUGGUAUUCCCCAAGCUAUCAUCAACAGAGCUGAAGAAAUGGGCAAAGAUAUGAAGCACGAUGUUAUGUAUCAGGAAGGAGUGAGAAUGCUCACUGAUAUCAAAAAGGUGAUGUGA